AUGUUUCAGAUGGCGGCACAAAAACUUGAACUUCGCAGGAAUGCAACAAUUGCAGCAAUGCCCAGUACUCGGCAGGAGUGGCAUAGUUCGGUUCCAGAACUGCAAUUUGACUUUGUGUCUUGUAUCGCUCAAGCACACAACAAUCAAGAACCUGAUAUGAUGGGUGGAGCUGGAACCAUAUAUUCUCAAGGUCAGUCCAGCUUUACAUGUAGCUUGUCGUCGGAACAAUUUACUACUCUGAUCGACUACCAUAAUAUCACUGGGGAGUUUAUCCCAGAGGAUCAUGGUUUUGAUGGGCUUCUCUCUGUUGCACUUCCAGGAUACUCUCAGGCUAUGGACUCGCGUAUGAUCCAGGCUAUGGCGGAUCUACCAGAUGAAUUCCCCUUCAACAAAGAUUAUAACUCUGGCUACCAUUUGGGUAUUGGUUGGGAACAAUUGACAGUUCAUAAUGGCACUCGAAUUAGCUCAGAAACUGGACUGAAAUACCUGAGUAGGCCGAACUUGUAUGUCCUCAUCCACAGCUAUGCGACCCGAAUCCUCGAAUCCAAUUGCACUACUAAAGGUGUGAAGACCUUUGAUACCAUGGAAUUUACCCAAGAUGCUGGAGAAACAAUAUAUACCCUUUCGCCUGCCAAAGAAAUCCUUCUCUCCACUGGAUCUAUCGGGACACUGCAUAUCCUUCUCUACUCAGGAAGAACCUCACUGAUCACCCGAGAACGUUCACUUGCAAAACAAGAUGUUCCAGAGGAGGCACUCGCCAAAUGGGAGGCAAACUGUACAGGAUAUAUCAUGAGUACUUCAGGAAAUCAGUUAGGUUUCUUGAGGAAUGGUAUCCCUCAAGAGCCCAUCCCACCCACUGGCAACUACUUCAUGAUACUAGCAAUAGUAGUCUGCUCUCUAGCAUGUGGAGACAUCACCAUUAACAGCACAAACCCUCUCGACCCUCCGCUCAUCAACCCCAACCUCCUCAGGCACCCCCAGGACUUGACUAUCAUGCAAGCCACCAUAAACAUGUCUGAGAGAUCCAUCACUGCCCCCACAUGGGAUGGAUACAUCCUCGAGUUCAUGUCGAACACUACCAAAGCCAGCCAUUCAUGA